AUGACUGGACAAACGGAAAUUGGCCUCAACAUAACUCGCAUUCUCAAUGCUUUCUUUGAUAGUGGUUACGACAAACGAGUGCGUCCCGACUAUGCAGGUCCGCCAGUGGAAGUUGGAGUGACAAUGCAUAUCAUCAGCAUCAGCUCUAUUUCAGCAGUUCAAAUGGACUUUACAUCAGACCUCUACUUCAGGCAAGCUUGGAGAGAUUCACGACUCUCCUUCAAGCCACGACCAGGUAUUGAAGCGUUGUACGUUGGCGCCGAAGUUUCCGAAAAAAUCUGGGUGCCCGACACUUUCUUUGCCAAUGAAAAGUCAGCCCAGUUUCACGUGGCAACCACGCCAAACACUUUUAUACGCAUCAAAGCAAGCGGUGAGGUGUUUCGCUCGAUGAGGCUAACCGUCACAAGCAACUGUCCUAUGAAUUUGCAGUACUUUCCGAUGGACCGUCAAAGCUGCACUAUUGAAAUUGAAAGUUAUGGCUACUCCAUGGCGGACAUUCAGUACAAGUGGGGCAUUGAUGGGAAAAAUGACGUAGAACUGGCAAAGAAUCUUGAGCUGCCGCAGUUCAAAGUGAACAAACACCGUCAGAAGCAGAAGGUGGAAGUGCUCAGCACGGGAAACUAUUCCCGUCUAGUCUGUGAAAUUGAGUUUGUGCGCUCUAUGGGCUAUUAUCUCAUUCAAAUCUACAUUCCUGCAUCGCUGAUUGUCAUCAUUUCCUGGGUUUCAUUUUGGCUGCACAGGAAUGCCAGUCCGGCACGAGUCCAACUCGGUGUGACCACUGUGCUGACAAUGACGACGCUGAUGUCCUCGACGAAUGCCGCCAUGCCUAAGAUCUCAUACAUUAAAUCGAUUGACGUCUUUCUGGGCACAUGCUUUGUGAUGGUCUUUGCGGCGCUGCUCGAGUACGCCACUGUCGGCUACAUGGGAAAGCGGAUUGCCAUGCGCAAGACGAGGACGCAGCAGAUUCUUAAGAUUCUCAAUGAUCACCGAGAGAGGUGUAUCAUUGCGGCGGCAAACAAUGAGGCGGCAAAGGAGGGUGGCGCCGCAGAGGGAGUAGGAAGAGGAGGCUAUGAGGGGGUCAAUCGAAGCAACUCCGCCAGCGGCACUGGGGCUCUCAUACGCACUGCCUCACUCUACCAGUGCCAGGAAAGGGCUGACCCGGAAGAGGGACACUCAGCGCACAAACGGCCGGAUUUUCGAUCUAGCUCAACGACUGGCCACGCGUGCUACCAGUCUUCGUCCACGAGCUACCUUGGACAAGCGGCGGCGGCGAGUAGCAUCAGCAGACCACUGGAGCGGUCGUCCUCGCUGAAGAGUCGCAUCUUCAGUGACAUAGACGAGCAGGAUCCCUCAGGAAUGAACAACUUUAACGAUGAUCUGAGCGUCUUUGUGCCAGCGACGAGCAGUGCGGCCGAUCGUGGCAACCAGUCGACGUUGCAGUCUCAAUCGCCCUACUACCACUACCAGUCUCGGAACAGCGUCGGUGAUCUGUACGGCAGGGCUGGUCUCUCUGACCGCAUGUACAGUGGACCGUCGUACGUCAUGAAGGACCACAACACACUAUUUGGUGUCUGUCCUAGGUAUUAUACCCUAUAA